AUGGCGGCAAUGCAGAAACAAUUUUCGCUCAUUCGAAAUAAAGGGUUUAUAAGCGGAAAAUGGAUACCAAGCUCCUCUACGUUCCUCGUAUACGACCCUUCUACGGGGAAAGAAAUAGAGCGAGUUGCAGAUAUGGGAGAAAAGGAAGCUAAUCUUGCUGUCCAGGCAGCCCAUGCUGCUUUCAAAACGUGGAGGACAACAACUUCAAAGGAACGCAGUGACAAGCUGAAAAAAUGGCGAAAUUUAAUGUUAAAGAAUCAAGAUGAACUUGCAAGAAUUCUAACAAAAGAACAGGGAAAACCUUUAGCUGAAGCAUACGGUGAACUAAACUAUGCGAUGGCACACGUGGAAUGGCUGGCGGAGGAAGCAAGGCGUGUUUGUGGAACCAUCAUUCCUACUCCAUUACCUGGACGAAGACUAUUGGUAAUAAAACAACCAGUUGGUGUGACAGCUAUCUGGACACCCUGGAAUUUUCCAUAUGCAAUGGUGACCCGUGCUGCUGCUGCUGCACUUGCUGCUGGUUGUACAGUGAUUAUUAAACCAUCCGAAGAAACACCACUAUGUGCAUUAGCAUUGCAGCAGCUUUCAGAGGAAGCUGGUUUCCCACUAGGUGUGGUGAAUACCCUGCCUUGCUCUAGAGAGAAUGCAGGAAUCUUAGCUGACGUUAUCCUUAAGAGUGACCUUGUUUCAAAAAUGUCAUUCACAGGGUCUUGUGCUACUGGAAAGCUACUAAUGUCCAAGUGUGUGGAUACCGUCAAGAAAGUGUCGCUGGAACUUGGCGGCAAUGCGCCUUUUAUAGUGUUUGACUCAGCUGAUGUUGACCAGGCAGUGAGUGGGGUUAUUGCAAGUAAACACAGAAAUACUGGCCAGGCAUGUGUUGCCCCUAAUCGUAUCCUAGUACAAGAUGGUAUCUAUGACAACUUCGUUGCUAAACUUUCAGAAGCUAUGGACAAAAGGUUGAUAGUAGGACAUGGAUUGGAUAAGACUUCAACUCAAGGUCCGCUUAUCAAUGAAAAGGCUGUCGAGAAGGUCGAACGACAUAUCGCCGAUGCGGUAUCCAAGGGUGCUAAGCUCCUACGAGGAGGUCAUCGUCAUAAACUUGGACAUAAUUUCUUUGAGCCGACGCUUCUUGGUGAUGUGAAAGUUGAUUCGUUAGUAUGCAAAGAGGAGACGUUUGGUCCACUAACGCCACUUAUCAGAUUUAAAACAGAAAAAGAUGCAAUUGCUUUAGCAAACGCAACAACUGCUGGUCUUUCAGGUUACUUCUUCUCACGUGACCAUAGCCAAAUAUGGCGCGUAGCGGAAGCGUUGGAAGCAGGAAUUGUUGGCGUUAACGAGGGUAACAUUGUAUCAGAGAUUCAUCCCCAUGGCGGGUUUAAACAGAGUGGACUGGGUCGAGAAGGAUCCAAAUAUGGACUUGAUGAAUAUCUUGAGUUUAAAUACGUGUGUAUGGGAGGCAUCGAUGAAUACUGACGCUAUGCAAGAAUUUUUCAAAAUGGGAAAUUGCUUUUCAUCGGCAAGUGAUGAAGUUUUCAGUCCUUUCCGUGGUCCAUCAAGUCACAUUUUGUCCCAUUGGCUACUAGUGAAGUGCGAGAAUGGUGAUGGUUAUUGCUUUGUGCCAGUGUACAAGAAUAGAGGCGACCUUCCAUAUAUCUCGUAUGGCGAUGAAGAACUACAGGCAACUGACAAGGCAAAUGUUUCAAAAAUUCCAGAAUCGUUUAACAAUAAGAAAUGUGCUACGAGAAGUGGCUCAAGAUAAUGCUGGAACAAUGAUGGUAAAUGAUGGUGCAAAAACAACCAAAAUAUUGACAUUAAAUAUCAAGAUAAUGCUGGACAAUGCUGGUAAAUGAUGGUGCAAAAACACCCAAAAUAUUGAAUUAUAACUUUACUUGUAAUACUGAAUAUCGGAAAUAGAGGAUAUUACAUGGGCGUAUGGAGACACGGAUUUUAUCUUCGAGUGUUGAAAAGCUCUCUCACGAGUGAGCGUAGCGUACAUAU